AUGAACAAAUACCAAUGGAAAACUUUUUGGAAAUUGAAUAUCCCACACAAGGCCACAGAAAUAUGGUGGCGCGCACUAGUCGGAAAGCUAUCAACUAAAGCUAGACUCCAUCACAUAAAUCCUGCUCGAUAUCCAUCCCCGCUAUGCUCGUAUUGUGGCGAUUAUGAGGAUGACCGACACCUUAUAGUACUAUGCAAAAGGAAAGUUCAAUUCUGGCGUGCUGCUUUUUAUAGUCUACAAACCCAAGUUAUCCAAGGACACGAUUUAUGGGAAAUUCUUAUGUUUCGCAAGAAAGUCAAUACUUCCAUCAUGGUAAUGAUAGGGAAAAUACUUCUCAUAGUAUGGCAACAUCAUUGGCAAACAUCGUUGGAAGAUCUUCCAUGGCGAACCGACCAUGCACUGAAAAGAUUAGCAUCUUCCCUUCAAAUGGAAGGAUACAACAAAAAUUAA